AUAGCAGCCAUUAUCCGCAUACUAAUCACUGCGCUCGCGCUCUGCGCUGAAUCACUGGUGCUCAAAGGACGCAGCAACAACAGGAUGGCUGCUAUGAUUAAAAGCCACCCUGGCUUAAAGCCCCUCGAGGAGGUCGACAGCGAGAUGUCUGAGCUCAUCGCCCAGGAGCAGCGGCGCCAGGCAUGCGCACGGCGUCCGAAACCGAAAGAGAGAGGGGGGGAGCGCGCCGAGUCGGGACGCGUCGACGCGCCGUCUUCCCGGUGACCACGUCUGCUCGAUGGCGCGACGGCGCUCGGUCGGCGGCGCGUCCCAGCUUCCACGCCAUCGCCGCGACCGCGUCUCUCAAAACACAGUUCACGUCCAUCGAGCUCAUCGCGUCGGAGAACUUCGCCAGUAGAGCCAUCAUGGACUGCCUCGGUUCCUGCCUCACGAACAAGUACGCCGAGGGCCUCCCCGGCAAGCGCUAUUAUGGAGGCAACGAGGUCAUCGACCAGAUCGAGAACCUCUGCAAGAGCCGCGCGCUCGAGGCGUACCGAUUGUCCCCGGACGAGUGGGGCGUCAACGUGCAGCCCUACUCCGGCUCGCCGGCGAACUUCGCCGUCUAUACCGGAUUAUUGAGCCCGCACGCGCGCAUCAUGGGCCUCGACCUGCCGAGCGGCGGUCAUUUAACCCACGGCUUUUAUACCCUCGACAAGAAGACCAUGAGCCGCAAGCCCGUCUCUGCGACUUCCGUCUACUUUGAAAGCUUACCGUACCGCGUGCACCCCGAGACGGGCCUCAUCGACUUCGACGAGCUCGCGAAGACGGCGGGCGUCUUCAAGCCCGCGCUGAUCGUCUGCGGCGGGUCGGCGUACCCUCGGGACUGGGACUAUGCCAAAUUCCGGGAAAUCGCCGACGCGAACGGGUCGCUGCUGAUGAUGGACAUGGCCCACAUUAGUGGAUUGGUGGCCGCCCAGGAGGCCGCGGACCCCUUCAAGUACUGCGACAUCGUCACGACGACGACGCACAAAUCAUUGAGAGGCCCUCGGUCGGGCAUCAUCUUCUUCCGCAAGGACGCUAGGGGCUUCGAGGACAAGAUCAACAACGCCGUCUUCCCGGCGCUGCAGGGCGGGCCCCACGAGCACCAGAUCGCCGGCGUCGCGGUGCAGCUUCGCGAAACCACCAAACCUGAAUUCAAGGGCUACAUCCAGCAGGUCAAGGCGAACAUCAAAGCUCUUGGAGCUAGAUUAACUUCAUAUGGCUACAAGUUGGCGACAGGAGGUACGGACAACCACCUCGUGUUGUGGGACCUCAAGCCCGAGGGCGUCACCGGCUCGAAGAUCGAGAAGAUCUGCGACGUCUGCCAGAUCACGCUGAACAAGAACGCCGUGCCGGGCGACGUUUCCGCGCUCUCGCCGGGCGGUGUUAGAAUUGGUGCCCCCGCGAUGACCACGCGAGGCCUCAAGGAAGCCGACUUCGAGGCCGUGGCCGACAUGCUCCACGAGGCCGUCCAGCUCGCCAAAACCAUCCAAGCAUCCGCGCCGGACAAGAAGCUCGUCACGUUCUCCAAAUUGUUGGACGGCCACGCCGGUGUGGAUUCAUUACGCACGAAGGUCAAGGCCUUCGCGGCGUCGUACGGCAUGCCGGGCAAGCCCUUCGGCAAGUACAACCCCGAGCCCUGA